UAUGUGGGUAUAUGUUUCUUGCACGCCAUUUGCUAAAUUGAAGUUGAUUAUUAGUUCUAUUAUGUUGGUGGGGUUUGUUUUGUAUAUUACUAAUUCGGUCCGAACUUAGUUGUCACGUUACUAGUUUAAACAUUAUCAACGUGACAAUCAAUUUGUUUUAAUAUACUUCUGUUAUGAUAUUGGACGUUUGAUAGUUUUGUGUUUGUUGAAUAUGUAUGUUUGUAAUGUACUGACAUCAGCUUGUGGUAUUGCUAGGACUUGAGUUUGUUUUUGUGAGGAUCUUGCUUAAAUGGCGGCAAUACUAGCUUCACAGGGCUGUUAUUGCCGCAAUUUUGAGCUAUACCAACAAAGAACAGCAGUUGAUGACCUUGGUUCUUCAUGCUCGAUUUCUGGGAGACGAUUGCCCAAGUCUGAGGGGCAAGCCUUUACUAAAGGUUUCCGGUUUCAGGUGGAGAUGCGACAAACCAAAGAGCCGACAGGUACUGGUAGUGACAAACAUUCAAUUAAAUUGGUGCCAACAAGUGAAGUUGUAAAAAACAUAAGAAACCCCCCUGUUAACAAGGCUAGAGCAGUGAAUGGUACCAAGCAGAAUAUCAAUGGAGCAAGUAAGGUUAUUAAUGGAGCAAGUAAGGUGGUUAAUGGAGUGAAUAUAGUUACAAGAGAAGCUCCUUCAUCCUUGGUUAAGAGGUCCAGAGUUUUGGAGGAUGAAGGACUUCCUCCUUUAGAGGAACCAAGGGUAAUGCCGAGUGAUGCAGGGUUUAGUUGGGCUAAUGACAAUUACAGUUCUGUCCAAAGGUCUGCUGAUGUCUGGUCGUUUGUUCUUUCUCUUCGUGUACGUGUUUUAUUAGAGAAUGCAAAAUGGGCAUACAUUGGUGGAUUUGAUGAAGAGAAGCAAAAGAAGAGAAGGAAAAGAACUGCUUCAUGGUUGAGGGAACGUGUGCUGCAGCUUGGUCCAACUUUUAUUAAAAUUGGGCAACUAUCAUCUACGAGAUCUGAUUUAUUUCCCCGAGAGUAUGUAGAUGAGCUUGCGAAGUUGCAGGAUAGGGUACCUGCAUUUUCAUCGAACAAAGCAAAAGAGUUCAUUGCUGCUGAACUUGGAGCUCCUGUUGACAUUCUCUUUAGAGAAUUUGAAGAUCAGCCUAUUGCUGCUGCUAGUCUUGGUCAGGUUCAUCGAGCUAUCCUGCAUAAUGGAGAGAAAGUUGUUGUAAAAGUUCAAAGGCCUGGCUUGAAGAGACUUUUUGAUAUUGAUUUACGAAAUCUGAAGCUGAUUGCAGAAUAUUUCCAGAAAAGUGAGUCUUUAGGAGGUCCAACUAGGGAUUGGAUUGGUAUAUAUGAAGAAUGUGCUACAAUUUUGUACCAAGAAAUAGACUACAUCAAUGAAGGGAAAAAUGCUGAUAGAUUUCGCCGGGAUUUCCGUAAUGUCAAAUGGGUUCGAGUACCUAUGAUUCACUGGGAUUAUACUGCCUUAAAGGUUUUGACCUUGGAAUAUGUUCCAGGUGUGAAAAUAAAUAAUUUGGCCAAGCUGGAUGCACGUGGCUAUAAUCGUUCUCGGAUUGCAUCACGUGCUAUUGAAGCAUACUUAAUUCAGAUAUUAAAGACAGGCUUCUUUCAUGCUGACCCUCAUCCUGGAAAUCUUGCUAUUGACAAGGAUGAAGCAAUCAUCUAUUACGACUUUGGAAUGAUGGGAGAAAUCAAAUCUUUCACACGGGAAAGAUUGCUGGAUUUGUUUUAUGCAGUUUACGAGAAAGAUGCAACAAAGGUAAUUAGGAGUCUCAUUGAUCUUGGAGCACUUCAGCCUACAGGAGAUUUGUCUGCGGUGAAGAGAUCUGUGCAGUUCUUCUUAGACAAUUUAUUGAGUCAAUCACCAGAUCAACAGCAAACAUUGGCUGCUAUUGGUGAGGAUUUGUUUGCUAUUGCCCAAGAUCAGCCCUUUCGCUUUCCAUCUACCUUUACCUUCGUCUUAAGGGCAUUUUCAACUCUUGAAGGCGUUGGCAAAUUUCUUGACCCGGAUUUCUCCUUUGUGAAGAUUGCUGCACCAUAUGCUCAAGAGCUUCUUGAGCUGAAAGACAGGCGUCGUACAGGAGUUCAACUCGUGCAGGAGAUAAGGAAACAAGCUGAAGAUGCCAGAGACUACACAGUAUCCAUGCCAUACCGAGUCCAGCGCAUAGAAGAGUUUGUGAAGCAACUAGAAACAGGAGAUUUAAAGCUACGAGUGCGAGUUCUUGAGUCAGAAAGAGCAGCUCGGAAGGCAACAAUAUUGCAAAUGGCAACCAUGUACACAGUUCUAGGCGGUACCCUGCUGAACCUGGGGGUCACCUUCAGCAGCCAAGGAAGUCAAAUUGUCGCUAACAGUUCGUUUGUAGGCGCAGGUGUUUUUCUGACUUUGCUUAUCAGGUCCAUGCAAAGAGUGAAGAGACUUGAUAAGAUUGAAACCAUGAUAUGAAGAAUUCAAAUGUCUUUUAGAAUUGGUGUAUACACUUCGUAAAUUGUAGAAAUAUUGUAAAUAUAAGAAUUAUUAAAUACAAUUGCCUUCUCAUAUAUAUGAUGAAGUUGCAGGGGAGGGUACAUAACCAUUGCAUGGUGAUAAACUAUAUACGACCGAAGAAAUUGAGGUGGCAAGGUUGAAGAAGGGGAGUUCAAUGACAUCCUAGCUGUGGAAAAUUCUUAUGUUAUUAUGUACAUAGUACUUGUAAUUCAUUUAACAUCAAUUAUUCAUUAAUUAAACUAGCCUUUUGGCCCGUUUGACACACGAGUUUUUCCUUGAUGUGUGUUUUUAAGAAAAUAAAACACAUCACUUUGAUACUUAAA